AUGAAUGCUCUGUCACUUGCACCCUUGUGGUGUCUGCUUGUCUUCUCCCUGCUACCCCCAGCCCAAGCAAGCGAGGGCAGGAAAAAAUUGCAGAUUGGUGUGAAAAAAAGAGUGGAAAACUGCCCCAUUAAAUCUCGGAAAGGAGACACUUUGCAUAUGCAUUAUACAGUGAGUAUGUACAGAACACUUAAACUAAAUCAGCAGUUUCUGUCAAAAUCUAUUUACCAUCAUAGGCCAAGUGCAUUUUUUUUAUGUUUGUAAUAAUUGCUAUUCUCAUACUGUAUCAUCACACAUUAUGUUUUUUGUUUUUUUUUCUCCUUCAAGGCUAAUUACAGCUGUAAUUUGAUAGUUAUAAUAUUACAUGAUCUGCCUACUGCAGAUCCUGUUUUUAAAUCCUUUACUACAUGGUGGGUGACAUCACACUGUGCAUUAAAUGAAAGUAAUGCAUUGCAGACAUGUGCAGUUCGGUCCGAAUGGAAAUUCGUAUGCUUCCAAAGUGCCGAAUUUCGUAAGUGCCAAAGUGCUUUGGACUUCUGAAAAGUGGCAAAAUGGGUAAGGUUAGGGUUACCUCUACUCCUAACCCAACCUCACUCCUAACCCUACACUUACCCGAAGUGCCGAACUGAACCAAAUCUUUUUUUCCCAUGCUCAUCCCUAAUGCAUUCUGUGUCUUGACACUGUGCAGUACUUGAGCCCAAAUUUCAUGGUAGAACUGCAACAUACAGAUCCCAGCCUGCCCAAAAUUAGUGGUAGCAAUGUGUGGUUGCAGACAUUAAUUCAGUUAAUGUGCUGGGUGCACAAACACACAGUAUUAUUUACUCAAGUGAGCAGUAUCAAGAAUUGAAAAAGAAUUUCAGACCAAAAUAGCCAAACUGGAAGCAUAAAUGCAAAACAAAUAAUGCAGUCUGCCCUCAGGAGUAAACCCUUAUGAGCCACAGAAAAUAUGCAGGUUAAAAAAUAAUAUAGAAGUGCACGUAUAUUGAUAUAAAAAUUGCAAUAAUGUAUGGCAUGAAAUAGUCAUGAUAGCACUUAAAAAAAUAAAAUAAAAAAAAAAGCUGAAUAUUAGAGUAGGUAUAUUGAGCAAUGGAAAUGGCAUAAUGUUAUCACAAAACAAUGAUACCUGCUACUGCCAGACGUGAGGGAGACCACCUACACCGCUACCCACAAAAAGAUAAGGGAGAACACUUGACGCGUUUUGCACCCCCUGGUGCUUGCUCAACAUGUUGAGAGCACCUGGGGAUGCGAAACGCGUCCAGGGUACUGACUAUUGUGUGCCUUAUGACACUGCUGGGCGUGGAGUUACACCUCUGGCAGCAAAGUGAUGUCUCUGUAUAUGUGCAGCAUUUCAUAGUGAAACGCUAUGUAUGUAUGUAUGCAGAGUCAGCACCAUGACCACUUCAAAUCACUGAAGUCAUACCUGGAGUAACCUUUUUAAUUGCCCAUAGAGGGGGGGGGGGAGAAUCGAAAUCAGUGUUUAGUAGAUACACCCCAAUAAAUACAUGCAUGCCUUUUAUUUAUACUUGUAGUCAUUGAGGGUAUAUCUUAAACCGUUUGCAAAAGCAUGAGCAGCAUACUGAUUUGAGUUUUGGACUCUGGUCCGAUGUAUGUGGUGGGAGGACGAGUGCUCAAAUAGUGUGUGUGUGUGUGUGUGUGUGUGUGUGUGUGUGUAUAUGUUCUGCUUUACUGCAACUCCUCCCUGUCACACUAUUUACCUGUAACCUGGCCAUUUUUCCCCCCCUUCUCAGUAAAAUGGUGAUCCCACACCCAGCACUUAGAAAUAUUGCCACAGUACAAUAUCUUUUGAGAUAAAAAGAAAUCCAUAUUUGGAAACUUUGUCAAAAGAAAUAUGGAUUUCCAAAUGCUGUCUUCUACUGUCAGGAAGACUAUAGGAUUUGCAGUACAGAUUUGUAUUCCUAACACUUUCUUUAAACUGUUUGACAGUGCCAGCAGGUUUCAGGCAAUAUCACUUAUAUGAUAUGUAAAGGUUAUCGUGCCUACAGUGUCUCUUUAACAUCUACCUUGUAGUUCUAUUGUUGACAAAAAAAGCUUAUUAAAAUUGCAAAUGUAGUUUAUUAGUUAAUGAAUAUCAAGCAAUACUUUUAUACACACUAAAUUUUGUUUGCAGUGAUCUGUCUUGAUCUCACUUUAAAAAAAAAAAAAAAAAAUCUCCGAUUUUUUUGUUAUUGCAUCAAAUAUUUGCAGACUGCUGCCCCACAUGCCUGUCUCCUUACCCAUGCUCCUCCUAAUAGGAAAAAGACUUCCUCAUACAUGUAUGUACACCGCUCAGUCACUUACAGCACUGAGUGAUCAGAACUGGAUGCAUUUUAGCUUUUUGUUUCCUGGCCUCUGCCAAUUGUUACAUAUUGCUGCCACAGAGUGCCAAUGUUUUUGUUUGUGUUUUCACACACCUUGUUCAGCCAUUCCCCAUGUGUACAACAAUGGUUCCCAAAUGUAUCUUUUUAUGAAGCCAGAUUAUACACCUGUCCAUUUUUACACUGUCAGGCAGAUCCUUACAGGUCCUCUGGAGGAGUAGGAUCCUUCUUCCUUCUUCCUUUCAGUGAGCGUGAGGUUUGGAGAACAGACUGUGUCUGCUUUUGAUAUCGUUCAUGUGGUUCUCCCUUGGAGAAAUCACAAGUGACCACUAUCAGGAUUUUUGGAGCUUAUCAACCACCAUAGGAUCACGUGAAUGUCUAUGCCGUCAUGCAGUACAGGACUUUAACACCCGUUGGCGGCUUUGAACCGUCACGUAGUUAAAGGAAUCUGCAGGUUUAAUCCUUGCUGGAACCAAGGAACUCUAGUUAGUUAUCUUUGAAAACACAAGGGUACUCUCUGUCAUCUUGGACCACAGUGGCCCCAUGGGUCCAGUGACAGCGGAGUGUCUAGUGUGCAGGCUCCCAGCUCCUCCAUGGCUUCCUGAGUGCUCUUAUGACAUUUCCUUCCAGGGAGUCUAAUAUGGGCUGUAAGUGCCCUCUGGUAGGGGUCUGCUUUAUGGGAUAUCUUCAGUGCAGUCCAGUUUGGAAAUUUUUCUUCCCAACAGGACACGUGUGGGCUUCUCAACUAGAACAGGCCCCUUACUAGAAUACUUCUAUACCAUCCUGAUGGUGGCCCUGGUAGGGGUAUUGAUCCUGAAUGCUCUGGUUAUGCAGCAAUUAACACAGUGAGGGAGUUUAAGCAUAUGUGGGAUGGGCAUAAGGAUAUCCUAGAUCUAAGAUUAGGCCAAGGACUAAUGAAAGUAUUUAGAAAAUUGGGCAGACUAGAUGGGCCGAAUGGUCUUAUUUGCCGUCACAUUCUAUGUUUCUAUAAAGUGCCGUCGCCCCCACUAAGCCAUUAUUAGCUCUAUUCUGCAAUUUACAAAUGAAAGUUAGUCUAUAUACUUUUUUUUUUGUUACAUUCUAAAUGGUAUAAAAUCAUUUUAUUGAAUAUUUAUUUUGAAACCCAUGCUCAGAGACUUGUCAACCUCUGCCGUUUUGAGCACAGAAGGUUAUUAACUUUAUAACCCAGAGGGACUGCUUCCAUAUGCGUUGUGCAGCUCAUUUGUAUGUUUAUAGGUUGUAUAAAUAUUUGCUUUCUUGGAAUAAUCCUAAUCCUGUUUUUGAGUUACGCCAGUCUGACAGGAUGUGGAUUGAGUAGGAUGUGACAUUUGCUACUGUUGAGAAUUUCUUUUAAUCUUGCACACACAGUUCAUCUCAAUACUCCACACAUGGUUUUAAAGGGUCAUGGCUAAAUAUUAAGAUGAAGUGGGCAGAUGCCCUUGGUCAUGGUUUUGUUUUUUUCCAGCUACCAGUGUUAGUGGGUUGUUUAUUUUAAUAUAUUUUCCUGUUUCUUAUGAUCGUUUUAAUAAACCAUGAGGUUGUGUAGUUGGAUGGAAGAGUGUAAUCCUACCUUGCUGACUUGGUGUUUUGCCUUGAUAUUUAAGAUCACAUAUUAUUACCCCUUGGCCAAAAGCGUUCUAUGUUAUAGUUAUAAAUCUGAUUUUAUAACAUUUUAAAUAUACGAAUAGAAAAUGCCAACUAAAACCUCACUAAAGCUAUUCACUGAUCUUGAGUUGUAGCAUAUUGAAAUCUGAAUUGUACAAUAUAGGUGACAAUACCUAUCCUGAGAUGACUGGAAGGAGGUAACGAAAAUGUCUGUGUGGUUAUACAAAAUACACCUCACAUCAAUUCCACUCUGAACUAUUACAUUAUCCAAUAGACCUCUCCCUUGGUCCUUCCUCCUAUCUAAGCAGGUAGUCACUCAGCAAAGGGGUUCUGCAGAGGCAUGGCGUACUGAUUUGUUUCCCCAACGUGGGCAGUGGUGAUUAGAAACCCUUGUCUUUUUGGGCAAGCUAGUAUCAAAAAGGAUGUUCUUCUAUCAAACAUUAUGGACUCUCUGGGUGGAUGGCGUCUACCACAACAGACAUAGUCAUUGAUAAAACACUUAGUAUGCUGAUACAUACUUGGAAUUUAGGUUUCGUGUAACUUAGCUUCACCUCUACGUUCUUCUCCCGUUCUGCUUUUUCCUACCUUAUCUUUCACCCUUUCUAUUUCAUUUGGGUUUUAUCUUGGUAGAAUUUUAUUAUUUAGAUCUUUGAAUGGCUCCCUGUACAAUCAAGUUUUAAAAAGUAAUUGUUUCCUUUACUUCCCAAUUUGAAGUUUUUGAAUGGUUUUUAUUACCAUCUCCAGUUAUCUCAGACUGAGAUUUGUCUUGAAGACCAUUUUUAUCUUUCUGUGUAGUCAAGUUGAAAUGUAGGUACUGCUUUCUGGGAAAGCAAGAUUGUGAGGCUACAUUUUCCUGUGAUACAUGUCCAGAGUGGAACUCCACCAUUAAUUAUGACUGUAUUCUGGUCAAAGUGUGCUAGCAUCAGCAGGUAUUUUGUCUGAUGCUCAUAAAAUACUUACUUUGUUUACAAGCUGGGUAGCCCCUGCUGAUCUGACAGAUUUGCUCGCUGGGCCAUGUGUAAACUGCAGAAGAAGAAUGCUUUGGGAUAGGUAAAAGGGACACUAUAGUAGCAAAACCACUUUAGCUUAAUAAAGCAAUUUAUGUGUAUAGUUCAUGCCUCUGAAGUCUCACUGCUCAAUUAUCUGCCACUUAGGAGUUAAAUCACUUUUGUUUUGGUCUAUGCAGCUGUAGCCAGAUCCUCCCUGGAUGUGACUGAUGCAGCUUGCAUGAAAGAAAAUGUUUAAUUUUCAAUCGCAGCUUAACUUUAUACAAAAUUUAUAAAUGAAAGGGCAUUUGCAAUAAAGGAAGUAUUAAACAUUAGAUAACUCUUUACAGGAAGUGUUUUAGGAUGGCUGUGCAAGUCACAUGCAAUGCGGUGUGUCUAGGGCUGCAUAAACAAAUUGAUUUAAAGGGACACUACAGUCACCAGAACUACAGCUUAAUGUAGUUGAUCUGGUUUCUAUGCCAUGUCCCUGCUGGCUUUUUGUUGUAAAUCCUGUAGGGUGUGUGUUUUUUCUUUUUUUUUUUUUUUUUUGAGAAAAGACCGUGUUUACAUUACAGCCUAGGGACACCUGCAGUGGCCACUCACCAGAUGGCUACUAGUGGUGCUUCCUGGGGCUAGCACUGCCAUUCAGUGGCUCCACCCUCUGCAUGGAGACACUGAACAUUCCUCAUAGGGAUGCAUUGAUUAUAUACAUUUAUAUAAGGAGAUACUUACUGGCCAGGGUGGCGUUUGGCUCUGCCUGUCUGGCUCGCCUUCUUCGGCUGAGAUCAUCUGAAUUGACCAUCUCAGCCAAUGCAAUGCUUUCCUAUGGGUGUACUACAAACUAUACCGAUGUAACAACUAUAUGUAAACAAUGCGACUGUAUCAAUGUAUGGAAAAACUUACUAAAACUGUUUGUUCUUAGCAAUGUUUUAUUUCAGUUCUUUUAAUAUUCUAUUCCUUUUUGUUUGUUCUAUGUGGAGAGUGGCUUUCUAGACCAUCCUGCUAGUAAACUGACACAUGUUGGAAGUGGUAGGGCUGAAGUACUGUAUGGGAAAGGAUAUUUUGUAAUUUUUCCAAAGAUUAUUGACUAACAUUUUAAUUUCAUCCCUAGGGGAAGCUUGAAGAUGGCACAGAGUUUGAUAGCAGCAUCCCCAGGAAUCAGCCGUUCACCUUUACACUGGGCACUGGGCAGGUUAUCAAGGGAUGGGACCAGGGGCUUCUUGGGUAAGUGUCCUUUAUCACUGUGACCAUUUACUGUGGGGUUUUUUUUUUUUUUUUUGGGUUUUUUUGUAUUUGGUUUCACAUUUUAUGUUAAUAUUUUUAAACCGAGGAUGUGCAUUAUAUUACGUUUAAUAGUAUCAUUCAGUUUUUCUGGAGCAAGAAUUUCAAAGAAUUGUAUCUGGCAUAACCGAGCUCUUGAGGACCAUAUAAAAGAAGCAUGCAUAAGGGGAAAAAUAAUAGUCUUGGGGUUCUAGAGACUCUAUGUGGUUAUAGUAUCACACUUGCAUUUUCUUGAGCUUCUACAUCACUGGCUGUCUGCGUGGGUGUGAUAGUAAUUGUCUUGGAAUGAAUAGAUCCUCCCAGGAUAUAGUGGAAUAGAAGGCACCAAACUAGGGUAAAACAGACAAAAGCUAUUACAAUAAACAUUAUAAAAUGCUUACAUCAUAGUAAAGUGCUUCAGAAGGCAGUCCAUCAGACCAACCCAACUGUUUCGUCCUUAAUUCAAUACUGUCCCAGCCCUUUAAUUGUCAUGUCUUUUUCGGGAGCCAUAUUGGUCCUUCUGUGAUUGCUCAACGUCAUUUCCAGUCCUUCUGAAAACGCCUCAGCUGCCAUAUCCUGGCCACAUUUGCAGUCUCCCUUCCAGCCAGUUCAGUUCUGCCAGAAAAUAAACAAAUGGGCGAACACUCUCAGGGUCUCAUGCACUCAGUCUCGCAUGGAUUAGGCGGCUCUGCGAUGCUGGCAGAGAGCUCUAGCUUCUGUAGCAUGGCUGUCACUUCUGAACCCUCAACAACUUUUACUGUGCCAGUGCCCUGGGAAAUAACCAGCAGUGUGGUGUGCCCCAUCUGUACUGCACCUUGUGAAGGGUAUGUUCCAUGUUAAAGGGCCGCAGGGACCUCUGCCAGUACAUGGUGGCUUUAGACAAGUCCGGAAAACAGGGGAGUGUCCCUCAAAGCAGAAUGGUCAUUUAUUGCGGACCACUGCCAUUUGGACUAGGAUGUCCCUGCUUGACCCAUGAUUGCCAGUGACUGGUUUUGGAAUACGGUACCAUCCAUCUCGUAGCUUGGCUUUGGUCUGUUUAGGAGAGAAGAGAUUGGUAAGUAGUCUGCGAAAAAGAUGAGGAAACUCUGCAGCCUCUAUGGUUUCUGGCCGGUUGCGCAUACUUGUGUUCUUUCUGCGUCUCCAGUCUUCCAUAGCUGCCAUACGUUCCUGGAUUUGGGCUUGAGCAUGUUGCAAAGUCUGCGGCUUCUGUUCCAAUCUUGAGGUGUGGUGCUCAUGGGUAGCUAUAUUUAAUUCCCUGUUGUGCAGAUACCCUGCUGAUCUCGUCUUGUAGUUGGCCUAUAUCGGCUGCAAUAUUGUGGUGGAGCUCAUCCAGAAGGCCACUCGGUGUCUCUUCUGUGACCGGUGACUUCCUGGCAGGCUUGGGAGGUGAAUUAUUGUACUUUCCCUUUGCCCAUGUCGCUAUGUCUGCCUCCUUCACAAAGGACUUCUAACUAGAAGACCAUGAAAACCCAUCUGACGGUGUCACCACUACAGGCCUUUCAGGAUUUUGCGGCCUCCACAGCAGAUCGCCAAUAUCGGCAGUGAUCAGAAGUUUGUUUACCUUUUACUUCAUGCUUCUGCGCCCCAUAGCUUAAGGAAGGGAGCAGCAAAAGCUGGGUAAGAUGAAGUGGUGUGGUUUUUUUUUUUUUUUUUUUUUUUUAAACAAAGUUAAAGCUCUAGUUUGCUCGAAGCUCAACAGAGAUGAGUCCUGUCACUAUGGCCGCUGUCUCCGACCCAGUCAUAUUGAAAUAAGAAAUACCUAAAAAUGAAUUUGUCCUGUUUUUGGAAAACCUAAUGGGCCAAGAAUUCCAAUUAAUUUCUUGCAGUGAUAAGCUAAAGGUUACAAUUACGUGUCUGUAACUCCACUAAUUGUACAGCGCUAUGGAAUUUGCUGGCGCUGUAUAAUAAGAGGGAAUUGCUGUCCGUUGCUAGAUUCUGCAGUUUGCCAUGUUUAGGUAGUGGUACGGUAUGGUACAGGCGAUCUGUAUGCAGGAAAGGUGCUUAGUUGAAGUAAGUUAUUCAAUUGAUGCACGGCCUACCAUCUGUUUUAAACAAACCUCUUGGGGAAAGUCCAUCUCAUUCAAUGUGGGUAAGGGUGGAAGGAAUGUUGAGAAUUCCAGCAUACAGCUAUUUCAGGUUACACUAAAGUCAGCAACCUGAUGCACUGGCUACCUGAUUGGUGCAUGCUUAGAUAUUGGCAAUGUGACUAAGACUGAAUAAACAAAGUGAUUUAACUCCUAAAUGGCAGGGACAUGAUCUAUACACCAAAACUGCUUCAUUAAGCUAAAGUUGUUUUGGUGACUAUAGUGUCUCUUUAACUUGGUAAAUUAUAAGUCCAAAAGUCCUGGAAAAUGUCUUAAUAUUAAACACGCCAUGUCAGUUCACUUUAGUGAUUGCUCAUUUCGAUCACUUUGGAGGUGGUGGUGGUGUGAAGGUGUGAUGACAGAUAAAUUCACAAAUGUAUCCAACUAUGCUAUUUAUGCCUACAUUUUGUAAUUUAAUAAUUAGUGAACAAAUUCCUGUUUGUUUUAUUUUUGGGGGGGUACUUUUACUAAUUCACAGUACUCCCCUACUUGAUGCUUUUGCUAGCUGUUUUUUCAAUGUACCCCUGUCUUUAUAUAUACAACAAAUAGGGAGGACUAUUAGAAGUAAACUUUCAUGUUUUUAAUUUGGGUAGAACUAGUAAAUAGUAGUUAUAUUUAUUUUGUAUUUGGGCAGUGGAGUGCCCAAAUGCAUUGCUAAGAUGGAGCGAUGGUAAACCAGACUUUGAAAUGUUUUAUAUCCAAGAUUAAAUUUCUAGAUAUUCUGCAAUAAUUGAUGGCCAAGCUUAAUUGAAAUAUUGUCACAAUUCCAUGUGACAUGCCUGGAUAAUGUAUAUGAUGAUCGACAGAUGCGUAACUUUCUAUUUGUAGAAACUCUUACUAUAGCGUUAGGAAUAUAAACAUGUAUAACUCUAUGGUGUCCCUCUGCUUUAGUGCUACCUCCCUUCGUCACGCUGAUGUGCAAAAUCGAGACAAAAUUACACGACUAGAGGGGCAGGAAAAACCUGACCCAAGAGUCAAGAAUGGACUAAAUGGUUAAUAUGGGCUAUACCCAGAAUUUUUUUAAAUCUAUCUUUGAAAAAGGGGCUCAAGUCAAGAGUAUGGGUAAUGUUUAAAAAAAAAAAAAAAAUCUUAAUUAAAUUGCACAAAUAUAACAUGUAUAACCUAAUAUAACUGGUAAGAAACAAUGUUUUAAUAUAAACUUUAUUAGUAUUUAAAGGGCAUAUCUAUAUAAUUGUGAAAGUGUAAUAACAAAAAGGAGAAACCUAGGGGGUCUGCCUAUCUGGCUUGUAUAUACCAAUCACAGCAAGUGUGAGGAAAAUCUACUAAUUCUUGAUCAACCCAAGUAGAAAAAUCAUAUCAAAGACCCCUGUUUAGUAAUAAAAUGUUAUUCCAAGUGGAAGGCUAAAUAUAGCCAACUAAAUAGCAGCAGUCUAUGGGGAUCGGACGAAUAAAACUUGGCAUUUAGAUUCGAGAGAGAGAGAUAUUCUAAAAGGGGAAUAUAUGGUAUGGGUAGAUACAAUGAUAAAGGUAAUGGAAGUAAACUGGUAUAUUAGUAGAGUCUGAUUGUAAGGAACAGGAGUAUAGGUGUAUAGAGUGCUAAUUCACCACCCCCACCUUAAUAAUUAGACCAAUCUCUACUUAAAAAGAGUGAAUAUGGGACUUAAAGGGGAAAACAGGAGGGAUGGAGUUCAUCAUAAUUACCUACCCCCUUCCCCACUACAACCACAACCGUGAUUAUAGUUACAAAAACAGUCAUCCAAAAGAGCAAAAUAAAUACGUAUGUAUGUAUUCUCUGGGAUUAGUUAGGGUAGCUAACCUAGGUAAAUACUGCAUCUGAAGGCACCUAAACCACGGUUAAAGCAUACCCCAUAGACUCCCUAUUAAAGGGACACUGUAGGCACCCACACCACUUCUACCCAUUGGAGUGGUCUGAGUGCCAACUCCCACUACUCUUAACCCUGCAAGUGUAAUUAUUGCAGUUUUCAUAAACUUCAAUAAUUACCUUGCAGGGUUAACUCCACCUCUAGUGUAUGUCUAAUAGACAGCCACUAGAGGGCACUUCCUGGAUUAUAGCACAGAAAGUGUGAGGACCUCCAGCGUAGCUCAAUUCCCCAUAGGAAAGCACUGAAAAGCAUUUUCAAUGCUUUCCUAUGGAGUGCUCUAAUGUGCGUGCGCGGCAUUAGGUUUCCUCAGCUGGCAGGUGGGAUCAGUCUCACCCACUGGCUAACGUAAUCACUGGGAGGAGCGGCGGCGAGCAGAAACCACCGCCGAGGGACAUCAGCGGUGUCUCCGGUAAGUGACCUGAAGGGGUUUUCACCCCUUCAGCUACCUGGGGUGGGAGAGGAGACUGCAGUGCCAGGAAAACUGUUUUCCUGGCACUGGCGUUUCCCUUUGAGAUACCUCUCUAAAGGUCCUAAUCCAUAAACCUUAAUCUCAUACUCUGGGUGGUAUAAGUACUUAGAGGUAAAGGUAAAUCCCUAUCAUAUAAAAAUCUGAAUCCGUCCCACGCAAAUCCUUACACCCCCAAAUCUCUCUAGCUGCUUCGAGGCAGCUCUAAAUAAGUAGCUAAGCUUACUAUCCUGGCAAAGUGCAUGAUGGCAGCGCCCCUAGGAAACCCUAAUAAAAUAAAAACCACCCAUAAUGGCGUCCUUAACGCGUUUCGGUGCUAUCUUGCGCCUUUUGUCAAGAGCAGAAAUUAACGGAGUUCGUCGGCUGUUUUAAGUGUAGUAACCUCCAAUGAUGUAACAUGGCCAAUCAGGUAAACACGGGGGAGAGGGGAGAGAACAUAUAGGCAUGCCCCACAAUCAAUAAUGCCGUUAACCAAUUAGUGCAGGUUAACGCCUCAAGGUAGAGAAAGAUUAUAGGAGGCUGUUAAACAGUUGAAGUCCAUAUGUAAACUCAGAAUUUUAGUCAAGUUAAACAACUGUUCAAAAAUGGCAGAAUCUGAGUGUAAGUGUUUAAAGAUAAAUAGGCAUAAGUAUAAAUUGGAGCAUCUCAAUAGAUGGUUAUCUAUAUACUUUUUGCAAACAUUGCCAUAAUAUUAAACCAUUAAAGAGACUAAGAAUGGCCAUUAAUAAAAAAACUAAAAAAAAUAAAACCUAUCCCAAAAAAGUAACGAAACCCAUAUGUAAUGUUCAAGCAAAUUGUUAUGGAUAGUUUAAAUUGAAGAUUAUGCUAGCUUUAGUGUACUAAUAAUCUUAAUUUUAAUGACAGGAGGCUUCGUAUUUUGCAUAUCUCUUUACUAACUCCAUACAGCAGUAAAGAAACACAUAGAAAAAAGAACCAAUCACAGGAGAGCAGGAUGUACAUAAGGCAAUGUGACCUCAGCAUUUCCUCUUUCAGAAAGCGACAACAAGCAGAUGUAAAUAUAUAGCAAACAAUAAAACUAAUAAUAACUCCAAGCAAACUUCCAAAGAAUUCUAUACGAACAACGAAAAAGAGUUAAGGGUUGAGACAAAUCCGAAGGAUAAAAUCUCCAAUAGUUUCAUGUGAACUGCCAAUUAUCUUCAGAGACGAAUCAUACUAAAUAAAAAGAAUGUGUGACAGGUUUAGACAUGGUCAUGAACAUGUAACUCCAAUUAACGUACCACCUAACAUCCCAUUAGAGAAUAUAGUAACUAUAAUAUGUUAACUGAGUAAUUGUAAUGAGAACUCUGAGGAUUCCAUAUUAAUGGAAGUACGAACAUAUCAUAUAAGCACCGGUGUGAGAGGCAAACCUACCGUAGCCCCUGAUAUCUGCAAAGCAAACUAAUAGAAAGGGUGGGCAGCGAAGCGGGGGGGGGGGGGGGAAUACUCACCUCCUGUUAUUAAGAUUUAGUACACUAAAGCUAGCAUCUUCAAAUUUACCACAUGACAGGAGGCUUCGUAUUUUGCAUUUUUAACACUGAGAAAAGAGUAUAGAACCAAAUAAGAGUCCUACGGUGUGCAGAGACCCAGUAUUCGGCGUUGUGGGGGAAGUCUUCCCCGUUGAGCGCUCACGUAUACACCAUCUAACAGGAAAUUAUACAAGACCAAGUCUGACCGUUUGUCAGCAGGAUGUUUAGUCCCGUAGAGUGAAAGGAGAACGACCUCCACAACACAUAGGCUGGAGAGGUAUGACAUUGGGUAGUUGGUAUCCUAGAGGAUCCUAGUCCCUUGGGCGUCCUUAGGUAGUGAUACGGGCUGCUGUUCCGUCUCCAUCCUCACAUAAGGGAUCAAGAUGCAGGACCGAACCAGACAGGCUGGGAAUGUCCAGAUGUAGGGGUAGGGUCGUCUCAUCCCUGGGUUCCCAGAUUCCCAAGAGGUCCCCGGUAGCCUGCGAUCGUCCGCUGACCUGCCAAGAAACCCCCAAAGCUGGUGCAGGUCCCCAGGUCGCCGACCCUCCCAGGAUAGAAGAUGUGAGUACCCUACGGCUCCGUGAGGAAUUGUCGGUCAUGAAUGUAGCAGGAGAAGAUCCUUGUCUGCUCUAGAAUUUCUGUAGACCUUGUAAGCAUGAGAAGCAUAAGUCCUUUGGUGGAGGUUCCGUCGGACGGAGCACAAUCACCAUCGUGCCUCGACUUUUAUACUGUGACGAGUGGUAAUAUCCAAAUCAGUCGGCCCCUAUGAGAUGUGUCUCCCCCAGAAGACGGGUUGAUCUUCUGUGAAGAAGACGGGGAUCGAAGGAGCCUACAUGUUGUCUGAUAAACGUGAGUUGGUCCAUCCCGGUGGAUGUGAAACCUGACCGCCUAAUCUGUGGUUACCUGCAGUAGGGUGCAGCCGAUCUAGUACUUCUUUAUCAAUCCAUGUAUUGUGAAGUAUAGGACCAAGAAGUCUAGGUAUACAACGUACAGGGUCGCGGUGUCCUCUGAGCGAAUAGUCUUCUACAAGUCUGGAGGUUCCAGCUGGUUCUCGGUUGAACGUGGGUGUUGACGAGUUUUCAGUUCCCUGCAGUGAUCUGAAUGAGGUUCUCCCGGAAGGCAGUGUCUCUUCUUCCCCGCCUGUAUUCAUUACUUCUUUCGGUAGUUUAUCAGGGCCCACCAGGCUCCGAGCUACUGGACCGGGAAGGAGAGGAUGUCUCCUGAAAACUAGGUAAGGUGGUCGAGCGGGAAGGAAGAAGACCGUCCUGAACGCAAGUCGGUUGACUACGUGAAAGUGGUCUUCCCCAGGAUUGAGUGCCUUUCACCUAGAUGUGGUGAAAUCCCCUGUGGUUGUAGUAGGAGGUAUCUGGAGCACCAUUGGUUGACUCUCGCUGUAUAUGGGUAAUGGAGCUAGCGGUAGCGGAUCUCGGGUCAGAUGUCCUGAAGCUGUCAACGAUUGGCUCUGUUGCCAACCGGUUCCAAAGAAUCCCUUGUAAAGGGAAUCGCAUAACACUUCCCUCCUAGGGGUUUGGGCCCUUAUGAAAGCCAUGGGACCCUUGCGUGUGUAAUAAGUUCCCUUCAGAACUUUGUGCCUGGGGUUCCGACUAUCUUGGCGCCCAGUACUGCCAACCAUCCGUCAGUGCGGAGGAGUGCUGCUAUGGGCAUCACAUGGGAGAGGCCAACACUGGGGUUUCCUGCAAGGAGCAGAAACAGUUUGAGUCCAUAUACCCAAGUUGUAUGCCCUUUCCUGGGCGAUGUUUGGCGGCAUCCAGCAUCGCCCAUGGUAAGGUGAUGAAUCGUAAAAGACCUCCUCCGUUGGUCACUAUAGUCGUCUGAGCUGUUCUGACCGGCAUGGAAGGGUAUGGGUUUGUCCAACCGUCAGCGGAUAUGGACAUUCUAAGCAAGAGGCUGCAAAGCCACGAGUGCAUAACAUUGUCAAGUAGGUUUAUCGUAGUAAGGGAUACCCCUGUGUAAGGCACAAACCCGUAUUCAGGCACAGGAUGCAGGGCAAAUAGAUCAGUCUACUAUGACUGUAGGCAGUGUUCACGGAAACCCUUGCGGGUCUUAUUCCGAAUCGUGGCCAAAUAAAACAGACUGGGGCUCACCCAGUACAUAGAGGUUGCCAUAGCAUUGCCUCUGUUCAGCAGCACCAUGCAGCGCACGUAUAGUGGGGGCUCACCCCAGGUGCACAGGGUAUGAACCCUUAAGUGCUGGACAUCACCCUGAUAGUCAGUCACCUCUUACAUUAUUAAAUUCACCUCAAGGGGAAUAUAUAUCGUUACGGUAUGGUGGCUCGGAACUCCUGUUUAGCAUUUUAGUGCAGUGCACGCCUAGCCGGGCCCGGUGCAUAGGGCGUGGGCCUUUAACUGCAGGCCGUAGAAUAGGUACAGGGCAUAAACCCGUACCGUAUCAUGAUUCAUUAUCAAUGGAGGUAUUCCUUCAGCUGUAGGUAGAGGCUGUUGCCGUAAGACUUCCUUCGGUCGGGUAGUGUGACUUGCCUUUCUUAGGGGUCUCACCCUGAGAGCACCGGGUCUGAACCUGUAAGUGCCGGUCCCAGAUCCGAAGUUCGGGUUUUCAAUCCUCGAGCUCGCUGUUGAGAGGGGUAGGAGUAGAAGCAGCAGUGCUGUAGGGGGCUCACCCCGGUUGUACAGGGUAUGAACCCAUCAGUGCUGGCCAUCAGCCUGAUAGUGUCCUACAGCUCUUCCAAUAAUUAGUGCACCGCCAUGGGGGAUAUUCUGCACUGAAGCUUGCGACUGUCCCCUUUUUAGCCGAAUAGAUUAGCUUAUACCUAGUCAGAGAUCACCUCAGGUGCGCGGGGUAUGUAUCCGUCAAGCGUGGGUCGCAACCAAAUAAAACAGACUGGAUGAGAGCACAAUCCGUUUCAUUGUGUGCAAUGCACCAUGCAGACCCCAGCAGGGUGUAGUAGUGUGCAAUUUAUUGUCUCAAAGUAUCAAAACAACCGCAGCAGGGUAUCUGUUGUAGUGUAAAUAAUGCCAGUGGACCCCAGCAGGGUCUGUAUAAAUGACAGUAAGGUGUAAUAACCCCCGGCAGGGUAUUCUGUAUCUGUCACUUAGUGUAGUUAAAUUGUCCCAGCAGGACAAACCACAAUAUUGGGAUUUGUAUAACUGGGCCCUUUUUAAGGGAUUUUUGGGGGUGAUAUCCCUUUAAGGUUCCAGUACCUCAAAUCACUAUACAUGAGUACGAUUAUCAAAUCUGUAAAUAAUAGGCCAGUUAGAAUACUUGCCUUUGCCUGGAUUUGAACUAGGGACCAACGUCCAUGUCAGAGCAUCGUGAGCCACAAGAGCAGCUAGGCUAGCUGACAGCCCAGCUAUAUGUUACUCUCGAGCGCCGAAAUCGUGGUGGGUGAGAGUAGCAAAACGGCCACCCAUAAUCUUGCGAGACACGGGAUUAAAGAUGGCCGCCGAGGGGAAACAUGGUCCCUGGAGUCUUGGUAGACGCGGGGAUCAAAGAUGGCCGCUGCGUCAUGCUCGGGCUACCUCGUGGUCACCCCACAGACUGCCCUGCACCAAGGUAGUGGAUGUUGGAAAGCAUCCAGCACAUUACUGGGUGUACGGUAUGGGGCAGCCUGAGAGAGCGAGGGCAGUGAGUCCGGCCCUCCCCCCAAGGGUUGUAAGAGGAAGGGGUCGAACGGAUAGGCUGGAAGAAGGGGUUAAUGCCCGGGAACCGCGGGAGGGAAGGGGUUAAGCCCCAGCCAGACCCAGAAUCCCCAUGAGACCCUGGGGAGAAGGGGGAAAAGAUGGUCCCCAGAUGCCCCAGGUAUAGAAGGCCAGGAAAAUCGCCAGAAAAGUCAUGAUACAUAUGGUAUAUGGUAUACCAUAACUAUACAUAAAACCUAUUAAGUCAAUAAUACAAUUUACACCUAACACCUAUUAAAUCCAUGUUAUAAAAUACAUGACAUCUAUUAAAUACAUAUAAUACUUAUCAAAACAAAGGAUGAAAUGCUUAUAAAACUAAUAAAUUACAAGUAACUAAAGGUUAUGAAAUAAGGAUAACGUUAAAUCUACAUAAUAUCUAUGAAACAUAGAAAAAACACAGCUGCAUAUAGUACAGAAGCACAGCAAGAACAUAUAUAAAGUAUAUAAAAAAUAUAACACAGAAAAAAACAAAAGGCAAUAGAAACAUAAAGUAAUGGAGAAGAGUAAUACUCUGACCUGUCUGUUUGAUGGAGCAGUAAAAGAGGAAAUGCUGAGGUCACAUUGCCUUUGUACAUCCUGCUCUCCUGUGAUUGGUUCUUUUUUUGUAUGUUUCUUUACUGCUGUAUGGAGUUAGUAAAUAGAGAUAUAUGCAAAAUGCAAAGCCUCCUGUCAUGUGGUAAAAUUAGAUUUAACAAUCUAUGGACACUAGUGUGCUUCAAUAUAAGGGAAAUCAGGUUAAAAAUACAGAACACUCCGAAAAGGUGUAUAUAUACUGCCAGAUCAUUUAUGAAGUCCUAGAAGAAUGUUUCCUAGUUACCAUUUCAAAUGGGUAAAACAGAUUAUCAUUCGUAUAGUUUAAAAAGUUAAGUAAUUUUAAGGGAUAUUAAUCGAAAAAGGUUGUAGAUUGGUUAAAGGACAGCUUAAUGAAGUGAUCUGGGUGCCAGGUCCCUCUAGGAUUAACCUUCACGUUGCCUUAGAUACUUGUCAUAAUCACCUCGCCUCGGGUUUCUAUUUACCAACUCCAAGCCACAGAACCGUAAACUCUUAGAGUUCCCUGCAUGGCAUUCCCUAAGGUGUCUAGAGAUGGGGUUGUCCGCUGGGUUUUUGGGAGACCUGAUGUGUUCUUUCAUCCGUUGUUUAAAAGUUUUCCCAACGUAUUUAAGAUUUCAUUGGCAGGUACGUAAAUAUACUAUGGCUGCCGUAUUACAGUUGAAGGAUGUGAUCUUAAAGGGGCCAACAAGUCACGGAAGGUUUUUUCCCCCUACGUGAUGUCAUAGUCACGUUGGGGGCAAUUUUGGAUCAGUCUCUUGAACAGACUCUUCCAGUCUGCCUCUAACACCCUCCUAUAGGCUUGUUGAAGACAAUUGUUGGGGUAUCAUUUUGCUUUAAACUGCUGUUUUAAAUCCUUUGCUUUGAUAUUAAAUUCUUCAAUUGUACUACAGUUACGUCUCACCCUAAGGCAGGGAUACCCUGCUUCAAAGUUCUUGGAUGGAAACUGUCCCAUCUUAAAAGGUUGUUGGAGACCGAAGGCUUUUUAAAAAGAGUGGUCUGAAUAGUGGUCUGUGAUCGAUAUUGUUAUAUCCAAAUAAUUGAGACUAGAAUCCUCAAAUUCUCUUCGUAAACCUCAAUUUUCUUCAUUAACAUUAAGAGGUUUUACGAAGUCCGACCCCAUAAAUAGAGGGGAGGUAUUUAGAAAUAAACUCUGAAUUGAUAAGAUUUUCCUCCCACCAACCCAGGUGGAGGUUAGCAUAUGAUGGGACACAAGCUGUCCCCAUCGUAGUUCCUCUCACCUGGUGGUAAAACUUGUUUUUUUAAUAUAAAAUAAUGGUGUCAGGAUGAACUUGGAGAGCUCCAGAGCCAAAUUGGUAUGUGGAAGAUAUUGAUCUCCCCUCUUUUCCAGGUAUGAUCCAAUGUGCUGAAUGGCCCUUGUGUGCGGGUGGAAGAGUAGAGUGCCUCUACAUCAAGGCUACAAAGGCCAGCUGAGGCUGGCACCUUUUAGGUUUGAGAGGAGGGCAAGGGUUUGCUUAGUGUCUUUGAUAUAGGACGGUAGUCUUUCAACGAAGGGUCUCAAAAUUCGGUCGAUCUAAAUGCUCCCAUUUUAGGUCAGGUUAUCAACCCCUGACACUAUGGGGCCUUGGACAAGCAUUGAAAGGUUGCUAUCCUUGGGUGACAAUUAAGAAUUAAUUCAUACUCAUCACCCGACAGCAAUCCUUCACUGCGGCCCCUGUCAAAAUCAGUGCUUUUCUAUGGGGAUUUUAAAGAUGCUGGAUGUCCUCAUGCAAAGUGUGAGGGCGUCCAACGCUGCUUCAGAGUUAAACUCUGUAAAGGUGCAGGAAGGGCCUCUAGUGGCUCUCUGGUAGAUAGCCACUAGUGGCUGUCUGAACACCGCAAUGUGAACACUGCAGUUCCUCUAAAAGUGCACGGUUUCAAUGAGUUGAAGUUAAAAAAUAAAAUAAAAAUAAAUUAAAUAAAAAAAUAUAUAUAUUAAAAAAAUAUUGAAAAUGUUGUAUUGUUAUGUAAAUGCAAAUUACGUGUUAAAGACUGUUUUGUUUUUUAAUUUUUCUUCUCUCCUUAAAAAAAAUUACAUUAUUUGGACUGCUUAUCUAAGAAUAUUAAAUGCAGGCCUAAGUGUAUUGCUGCUGAUUGACAUUUCUGGUGACAGAGUACAAAAGAUUGUAAGACACAGUAUAUUCACCCUAAUGUCAUAAAAUGUCCUCAAAUGUACCAUCUGUCUAUGCCAUAAGCAAGUUUAAAGAAACAAACCCUCACACCAGUUGUAAAAGAUUGUGCUUAUGGAAUUCCCUGUGAAAUGCGAAGAAACACAAUAAAAAGUAAUAAUGGAAAUUGAUGCUAACAAGCCAUCCUGGUAACCUUCCAUCUCGGUGGUUUAUCACAAUUAAGCUUUUUGGUGUUAGCGGAAAAUAGGGAAUCAGGACCCCAAAUUUGGUAUGAUUUUUAAGCUGUCCUUACACGCUAUAUACAUAAUUGAAAACGAGAGAAAUCUCAAUGUAUCCUUCCUGGUUAAAAAAAAAAUUAUAGAUCUAAAAUAGCCUGGUGCUGACUAGUUUUCAAAACUUAACUUUCUCUAUAGUCCACUAGAGGGCGCAGUUUACUUUGUACUGGUGUAGAAGUUCCACAAAGCGUUGCCUGCCUGGGGAUCUGUCUUCAUUGGUCACUCUAAGCCUGAAAUUGAAUUUCUCUGCUCUCACUCUAAGUUUUUACACUCUAUUUGCACAAGUAAAAUGUGUUUCUGUUUCUGGUGUCUGUCUCAAAGCCUUAUUUAAUGGCCUUGCAUCCCUUAGGCUAAUAAACUGUUAUUCCGUAAAUCCCAUUUCCUAGCAUUCCCUUUUUGGCUGACUAUAAACUUUUUAAUUUCGAUGGUUCUUAAAUGGAAUUUAUUUUAUGCCAAAGCAUGGAUGUCACUUGAUUAUGAGGAUUUCACACUAAGCGAUUCCAUCCCAAGGGGUUUGACUUGCCGAAUGGUUUUUUUUUUUUUUUUAGUUAGCUGACUGAUUAUGCCUUGUAUGUGGGAAUUGCUAUGAAGACCUUUUGCCCAGAUUUCAAACCACACAUUAUGGGAAUUGAAGAAUGUAUGUGAGAUAGCUCAGAGACUUGGGCUACAUCAUAGUAGGUUUGAUUCCCUGGAGCCAACGGUCUCCUGCCAACUUAGGUCGAUAAAAUAAGCACUAUUCAGUAGUACUCCAGAUUUUGUGGACUGCAUCUCCCUCGAUUCUUUGCCAGCAUUAUGGCUCUAAGAGCAUCAUGGAAGAUGUAGUCCACAACAUGUGGAGUGCCGAAGGUUGCCUACCGCUGCAGUAGGUAAUAAUAUGAAUACUAAGACUGUGCUCUUUAACUUCCUUGUGGUCUGGUCAAUAAAGAAAUGCACAAACAUUGCAUGUGUGUGUAAUUAAACAUGCAUUCUUCUUGCUACAGCCAGAGCUCUGUAUUAGAAAUCACACAUUUGGCUGCAUUUGCCAAUGGAGUUUAUGUAAACUUUGGGUGUUCUAUGUUCGUUAUUUCCACAAGGCAUUUAUAGAGUAGGGGUGUAUGUACUCACUUAUACAAUUUCAAUCUUCAUGAUAACAUUCUCUCUAUCCCUCAUUCCUUUCCCUCCCCCCACGUUUUAUCCCUACCAUCUUUUUACUUCCACUCACUUUUUAAGUCUUUCUUCUACUUUGUGAACCAGAAGCUCCUGCUAGGAGCUUCCUUUAUCUCUCACGAACUAAGCCGUGCACUGCUGGCAACACCUGGUGGACCUCAGGUAAGCCGUUAAACCAAUCUAAAUUGGCACCAUGACUACUACAGCACGGUGAAGUGGUUAUGGGGCUCGGAACGUUCCUUUUAAGCCCACAGUCAACAAACUUAUUUCUACUCUUAUGUAAGAUUUUAAAAAACAAACAAACAAAAAAAAAACCUUUGCAAAAAACAUUUAAGUCUACAUUAGUCUUUCGACACGUUCAUUGUAUCUGUGACUGUUUAUGUAAAGGAGUCACAAUAAAUAUGUACAUAACCUCUAGCUCUUUCUUCUGUCUUAAUUCUACAACAAAUGUAUAACACACAAUAUCUCUUUCAGAAUGUGUGAAGGAGAGAAGAGGAAGCUGGUAAUUCCUUCUGAACUUGGUAAGGAAUUUUUAAUUUACAAAAAAUGCUUUUUUUAAAUAUUUUUUUAUAAAAAAAAAUAUAUAUUUUAAAUACAUGAAAUCUCACUACUGUACUUCCUUUCCCCUUUUAGGAUAUGGAGACAGAGGAGCGCCUCCCAAAAUACCAGGUACUGUGCAUUCUUUGCUUCACUCCUUCUUAAUUAUUCCAUAUCUCCAUCUUUCCAUUGUGUCUAAAUCCUUCUUCUUUAAUUCAGGUGGAGCUACACUGAUCUUUGAAGUGGAAUUAUUGGAGAUUGACAGACGAUCGGAUUUAUAA